AUGCCAGGCAUGUACAACCAAGAGUUCGCUUUCUGUGAGAAAGUGAAGGAGAGGUUACACAGUCCGGAUGACUACCAGGCAUUCUUGAAGUGCCUUCAUAUUUAUAGCACAGAAAUAAUCACAAGAAAGGAAUUGCAAAAUUUGGUUGCUGAUCUACUUGGGAAAUACCAGGAUCUUAUGGAUGGGUUCAAUUCAUUUUUGGAGCGUUGCGAGAAUGGAUUUCUUGCCGGUGUUAUGAGCAAAAAAUCUUUGUGGAAAGGAUAUGUAUCUAAAUCAACGAAGGUUGAGGAUAAAGACAAGGAGCAGAAGCAUGAAAUGGAUGGACAUAAAGAAAAGGAGAGAUACAAGGAGAAAUAUUGGGGAAAAUCCAUUCAAGAGCUUGAUCUCUCUAAUUGUCGACGUUGCACACCCAGUUAUCGGCUUCUUCCAGCGGAUUAUCAAAUACCUGUACCGAGCCAGAGGCUUGAGCAUGAUGAUCAACUGUUGAAUGAUUAUUGGAUAUCCGUGACUUCGGGUAGUGAGGAUUACUCCUUCAAACAUAUGCGCAGAAAUCAGUAUGAGGAAAGCCUGUUUAGAUGUGAAGAUGAUAGAUUUGAGUUAGACAUGUUGUUGGAGUGUGUGAGUUCAAGUGCUAAGCAUGCAGAAGAGUUAUUGAACAACCUUAAUGGUAGCUCAAUCAAUCCAGAGAGUCGUAUCCGAAUUGAAGAUUACUUCACAGCUCUCAAUUUAAGGUGCAUUGAGCGUCUCUAUGGCGACCAUGGUCUGGAUGUGUUGGAUGUUUUACGUAGAAGCCCAUCAAUUGCAUUGCCUGUUAUAUUAACUCGUCUAAAGCAGAAACAAGAAGAGUGGACAAAAUGUCGUUCGGACUUUAACAGAGUUUGGGCUGAAAUUUAUGCUAAGAACCAUUACAAGUCACUUGAUCACCGCUGCUUCUAUUUCAAGCAGCAAGAUUCAAAGAACUUGAGUGCAAAAUCCUUAGUAGCCGAGAUCAAAGAAAUUAAGGAGAAAGAGCAGAAAGAGGAUGAUGUGCUUCUUGCUAUUGCUGCUGGAAGUAGACAUGCUAUAACUCCAAAUUUUCAAUUUGAAUACCCAGAUAUUGGAAUUCAUGAAGACUUGUACAAACUUGUGAAGUACUCAUGUGAAGAGGUUUGCACGACCAAAGAACAAUUCAACAAAGUUAUGAGGCUUUGGACUUCCUUCUUGGAGCCGAUGCUGGGUGUUCCUUCUUGGUCUCACAGUUCAGAAGGUUCUGGAGAUGAUCUCUUAUCAAGGCACCGUGAUGUUAAAAACACAGUAACAAGCAUAGGAGAAAGUGAUGGAAGACCUGGUGCUGAUGCUGCUACCAUGAAUUCAGAGCAAUCAAAAGCCAUUUGCAAUGGACAUGAAAGCACUUCACCACAAGAAGGAAAUUCUUUCAGGACUAGCUCGGCAACAGGGGAUACUCUAACCAAGGAAGAUGAAUUUCUGCUAGAGAAAGAUCAGAAAUAUACACAUGGUAUGGAUAAGGUAUCUGAUUUGAAUGCAACCAUGGAUUCCAGUGACCGUUUAAUAAAUUCUGAUGUCAUACUUGCCAAUGGAGCGGAUACCAUUCAUGGAAGGGUCAACAUGGAAAUGACUUCAGGGUGUCAUGCAAAUACUUCCAGGCCCAGUAAUGGUUCUGCUGAUGAUGGUCAUGGGUCCAAAGCUAAUCUUGAUGAUGUACCAUCAUCAGAGUGUGCUGAUGUUUUAAAAUCAGUUCCAUAUUACAAUGGAGAGUUCAGAGAAGGCACUAAAGCUAAUCGAUGUAAUGAGGGUUCUGUUAAUCCCUCCAAGAUUGAGGUGGAAGAGGGCGAGUUAUCGCCUAAUGGUGAUGUGGGAGAAGAUAAUUUUGUUUGCAGAGAUUCACAGGCUAUGCAUAAGACAAAGCAUAGCGCCAAAAGCAUGCAACAAUAUAAAGCUGGGAGAGAAGAAAUUUGUUGUCAGGAUGGUGGAGGGGAAAAUGAUGCGGAUGCCUAUGACGAGGAUAGUGAAAAUGUUUCUGAGGUUGGCGAAGAUGUUUCGGGCAGCGAAUCUGCUGCUGAUGAGUGCUCGCAGGAAGAGCGGGAGGAGGGGGAAGAUGUGGAACGUAAUGAUCAUGAUUGUAAAGCUGAAAGUGAAGGUGAGGUGGAGGGUGCGGCUAAUGCAAACUUUGUUGUAGGUGACAAUACAUCAUUGCCACUGUCUGAACAGUUUCUCAUGACAGUGAAGCCUCUGGCAAAGCAUGUGGCCUCUGCUUCAUGUGAUGUUGAGAAGAAGAAUUCUCAGGUUUUUUAUGGAAAUGAGACCUUCUAUGUACUGUUCAGGCUUCACCAAAUAUUGUAUGAAAGAUUACUGUCAGCCAAAAUAAAUACGAGAUCUGCCGAAACAAAAUGGAGAACUGGGAAGGAUACUAGUCCUCCGGAUCUGUAUGCGAGAUUUAUGAGUGCACUAUAUAAGUUGCUUGAUGGAUCUUUUGAUAAUGCAAAGUUUGAGGAUGACUGCCGAGCUAUAAUUGGAAAUCAAUCUUAUGUACUAUUUACAUUGGACAAGUUGAUAUAUAAGCUGGUCAAACAGCUUCAAAGUGUUGCAGGUGAUGAGAUGGACAAUAAGCUUCUUCAAUUAUACGAGUAUGAAAAGUCUCGGGGAAUUAAGAAAUAUGAUGAUUCUGUCUACUGUGAAAAUACACAUGUCCUCCUCCAUGAGGGGAGUAUAUACCGUUUUGAAUAUGUAGCCUUGUCGCAGUCAUCUGGGCCACCCCGCUUCUCGAUCCAGUUGAUGGACAAUGGAAAUGAAAAGCCUGAAGUAGUUACUGUUUCAGUGGAUCCUAAUUUUGCAGCUUAUCUCCAAAAAAUAAGCGGAAGUAUGCAGAUCUUGAUGAAUCUUCUAAUAUAUGCAUGGCUAUGGAAGGUGCCCGUGUGGUCAAUGGAUUGGAGUGUAAGAUGGCUUGCAACUCAUCAAAGAUAUCCUAUGUACUCGACACUGAAGAUUUCUUCUUUCGUUUGAGAAGGAAAAGAAGAAAUUUAUCAGGAGGCAGGUCGACGAUAAGAUUACAAAAAUUCCAUAGAUUCUUAAUGGCCUCCUUGUAUAUGCCUUUUGGGGUGCUAUCAUGACAAUCGGGAAUUUCGUUGGUGUAAUUGAACCUUCAAAGACUUUGUUGAGGCGUCUCUUUCUUGUAUUAUCUUGUCCAACCAAAUUACAACUGAAGGUGAAGGAAUCCAAAAUGUAGUAUCUUGUGAGUCCAUAUACACGGCACAGUGUUUGAGCCAUUGUUCUGUACAUAGCGUUGGCUCUUGAUAUUACUGUAAAGUUGUUUUUAUUAGGCCGUAUAUUUACUUUCCUAAAAUUAGAAGGACCGAUCUUUCGUUUUGCCUUUUUCAAUUGCUGCCGUUCCCUGGGUAAGAAAUUAAGUUAUCUGUUGGGAUACUUGGCUGGAUUAUCAAGGGAAAGUGACGAAAUACGAACGAAUAUAUUUGAAGCUCUCAGCAUUUUGUCCUGGUCAUCAACAGUGCAUCUUACAUUUGGUUCUAGUAUCAUGUGGGAAUGUCCAAAUCAGAUCAUAAUGCUAGGGAAAGGAAGAUAUUUGGAAUGUGGUUUGAUUCCUUGGCUUUGUGGGUAGACAGGUAAAGAGCUGGCAACAAGAAUCGAGUUUGGCAGUUAUGAGUUUGUAGCUAAAGUCAAAUUGGAGCUAGGAACGUAGCAGUAAACACAGUGAACAGAGCUACCUUGGGGACUUUUGGUUUCUUGGAUCUUGACAGAAAGGAAUGACAGAAAGAUCGGAGACUGAUGUGCAGGUGGUCUCGAAUAUGGAGGAGGACAUAGAGAAGUUGUGCAGGAUGGGCUCUUGGUUUGUAGGAUUUUAACAGAAAGGAAUGACAGGAUUUGUAGGCAUACAGCAGGAUUGGAGAUUGCUGUGCAGGUAGUCUCUAAUAUGGAAGCUUUAAUUUUUUUGAGUGAUCUAAAAUAAGUUGCAUUAUAGUUAAGGUUCCUUUUGUUUCUGAUGAGGACUAAUAGAGCAACAUGGUAUAGGUUGUUACUCUUAUUUUGUUAGAGAGCAAAUCUUUUGUCAAAUUUUGUUUGCCAAAUCAAUAUAAAUUAUUAGAUCAGUG